UUACGACAAUCCAAUUCAGAAUGGCAAACACAAAACAGACAAAAAGAAAGAAAAUUGAAACCCUUUGUCCCUUAUGCAAGCACAUGAUAGAUGAAGAUAAGUUUGUAGAACACCUAUUGUUGUGCAAGAAGAAAAGCUUCUGCUGUGUGCUGUGUAAAUUGUUCUUCAAGAAAGAAACCUAUCUGAACAAACACAAGAAAAGAGUACAUGGGUCAACCAGUGAUGCUUUUCCUGGAGGUAGCAAUAUUGAACAAGAAAGUGGAGGUAAGAGUUGUGAUAUUCUCACAGACACUGUGCCAAAGAAUAUGCAAGACAAUAAAAGUGGUCUUGAACAAGAGAGUGGGGAUAAGAGAUGUAAUGUUUCCAGAAACAUUGUGCCAGAGGAUAAACAAGACGAUGACAGCAGUAGUAAUUCCGACUGGGAUCAAGACCCAGAUAUUGAAAUAGACGUUGAAACAUGCGAGAAACAGGAACAAAGUCAAAACACUGCAAAGAAUGAUAAGGCCGGCGAGAAUAAAGAUUCUAGACUUGUAAAUGACAUAAGAGUUGGUAGGAUAUACAGAAAGAGGACGAAUCCAAAUCCAGUUAUUGCUCCUGUAAAAGUAAUGAAAGUGACAGAAGAAAAAGCUGUAGUAAAUACACAAAGUGUAGAUCAGAACGAAAUGUCCGGAGACUUGUCAGAUAAUGACAACAUAGAGCUGUCUGACAGAGAAGAUAGAAAUGAACUUCCAGAAAACCAGGGUACAGAAGAUAGUUCAGUAAAGAAAGAAAAGGAUGGGGGUCAAGAUGAUAGUGUAACCGUACAACAUAGUAACAAAGUCGAAGAAGGCUGCAGUGUAAAAUAUGACUUAGAAAAAGAGAAACUCGAGAUUGAGAAACGUAAACUAGAUCUAGAAAUAGCAAAGUUCGAGUACAAGAAGAGCCUUUUAGAUAAGAUAACAGACUUAGCAUCUAGAAUAUAAGAGAACUGUGUGUAUUGAUACUGUAUAAGACAGUCUUAAUAAGUGUUUACAUUUCUUUGUGUGCUUUCGACAAGCAAUAAGCUUGCAUAUUUUAUUACGAGAAACGUAAUAAAAAUAUUUUGUUUUUGAAAGGUGUUUUGUUUUAUCCAUGCGGGACGCAUGACCUUCGGAGGCAUGGGUAAUGUAACGAAUAUAUUACGGUAGUUCAGUCCAGGAGUAGUAUAAUAAUUAGCUUAGGUAGUUGCAUAGUUGUUUCCCUUUAAUUCUGCAACGCCAUUUGUACUAAAUUACGACAAUCCAAUUCAGGUGGGUAGUUUCACGUUUUGUGGCCAAAAUAUAUAAUCAUUCCUAUAAAUAUUGGUUUUAUUUAUAUCAGAAAUGACAACAUGUAACUUAAGUCAGGUUAGAAUUUGUAUAUACAUUGUAUUUCUGGUGAUACAGGUUCAAAUAGCUAGACGCUAUAUAACGUAAGAAUAACAGACGCUCAUUACUUGAAAUGGUAAGAUAUUAGCCUAUCAGAAUAAAACACUAGAGGGCGCUACAGA